AUGGCGCAAGAAUGGGACUACGCCAUCGUAAUAUCCCCACCAACAAGCCUGCCCGCCCUCCCAGGCAAUGGUAUCCGCUGGAAGCCUCCGGUCGGAGAACCGCCGCUCAUCUUCUGGACCGAAGAAACCGCUCUUGGCCCCGAGAAGAGUCUGCUCACGCCUUGCUCGAUCCUGACCAUGACCAAUGAGGAUAUGGCCAACUUCUGCAUUCACGCGAAUGACACCAUUCCGAGGGUCGUGGACUAUGCGAACUGA